AUGAAUAAUUUUCUCGACAUUACAAAAUAUUUUGUGAAAGGUGAUGAAAACCUGCAAAGUCCAGUAUAUCCAGCACCACUUGGAAGUUUUACUGCAACUAGAGAGAAAGCUCCAACUGAAGAUAGCAAGCUGCAAGAACCUCCAGCAGGAAAACAUGAGUUCUUCACGCCGUCUUUGCGUGAACCAUCCAGGGUAGGGGGCCGGGGAAAGGGGAGGGGGGCGGGGAAAGGGGAGGGGGCGGGGAAAGGGGAGGGGGCGGGGAAAGGGGAGGGGGCGGGGAAAGGGGAGGGGGCGGGGAAAGGGGAGGGGGCGGGGAAAGGGGAGGGGGCGGGGAAAGGGGAGGGGGCGGGGAAAGGGGAGGGGGCGGGGAAAGGGGAUGGGGCGGGGAAAGGGGAUGGGGCGGGGAAAGGGGAGGGGGCGGGGAAAGGGGAGGGGGCGGGGAAAGGGGAGGGGGCGGGGAAAGGGGAUGGGGCGGGGAAAGGGGAUGGGGCGGGGAAAGGGGAUGGGGCGGGGAAAGGGGAUGGGGCGGGGAAAGGGGAGGGGGCGGGGAAAGGGGAGGGGGCGGGGAAAGGGGAGGGGGCGGGGAAAGGGGAGGGGGCGGGGAAAGGGGAGGGGGCGGGGAAAGGGGAGGGGGCGGGGAAAGGGGAGGGGGCGGGGAAAGGGGAGGGGGCGGGGAAAGGGGAGGGGGCGGGGAAAGGGGAGGGGGCGGGGAAAGGGGAGGGGGCGGGGAAAGGGGAGGGGGCGGGGAAAGGGGAGGGGGCGGGGAAAGGGGAGGGGGCGGGGAAAGGGGAGGGGGCAGGGAAAGGGGAGGGGGCAGGGAAAGGGGAGGGGGCAGGGAAAGGGGAGGGGGCAGGGAAAGGGGAGGGGGCAGGGAAAGGGGAGGGGGCAGGGAAAGGGGAGGGGGCAGGGAAAGGGGAGGGGGCAGGGAAAGGUGAGGGGGCAGGGAAAGGUGAGGGGGCAGGGAAAGGUGAGGGGGCAGGGAAAGGGGAGGGGGCAGGGAAAGGGGAGGGGGCAGGGAAAGGGGAGGGGGCAGGGAAAGGGGAGGGGGCAGGGAAAGGGGAGGGGGCAGGGAAAGGGGAGGGGGCAGGGAAAGGGGAGGGGGCAGGGAAAGGGGAGGGGGCAGGGAAAGGGGAGGGGGCAGGGAAAGGGGAGGGGGCAGGGAAAGGGGAGGGGGCAGGGAAAGGGGAGGGGGCAGGGAAAGGGGAGGGGGCGGGGAAAGGGGAGGGGGCGGGGAAAGGGGAGGGGGCGGGGAAAGGGGAGGGCAAUGGUAUUGCACAUAAACAAUGUAGAUUUGAAAAGUUCCAGUUGCAAGAGAGCACUUGCAUGGCCAUCAUCAGGUCCAUUUGUUCUGUUUCAGUGAUGAACCAGUGA